AUGGCUACCAAAAGCGGUCGAAAAUCGAAAACACCUACAAAUUUAUCGAUUAAUCAAUAUUCUGGUAGUCGAAUCGACUGGAUACCACCUCAUCCAGCUCUUGGAGUUCAGUUACUUGCAUCAUUAGAAGAAAAUCCAUUAGAAGAGAGAGAUAUUGCCGGCGUUCGUUUGCCAAAAGCUAUUUAUAUGCAUUUUACUGCUCAAGAAAUUCGAAAUCUUAAAGAAAUAUUUGAUUUUUUUGAUAGUAAACAUCGUGGAAACUUGAAACCAAAAGAUGUUGUUUAUGCAAUGAGAACACUUGGAGUUUUUCUAACAGUAGAACAAUGUGUGGAUUAUAUUGAAAAAGAAAGUCGAGAUACUACUUAUAUCGAUCUCAAUGAUCUUCGAAGAAUAAGUGAAAAUACCGGUUUAAAUUUAUCAGAAUUAGAACUACAGUCCAUGUUCAUUAUGGCAGAUAGAAAUGGUGAUGGUCGAAUUGAUCGUAGUGAAUUUAUCAAGAUGAUGGGACAAACAAAUCUUUUUAUUAAAUAA